AUACCAUCUUACGAAAAGUGGUCUUUUAUAAUCCACUGACGUUCUGAUGUCGCACCUAAUGUCAAAGCCAUAGAUAUAUACAUAUUUAUAUAAUAAGAGUGCAUGGAUUAGGGGGAGCUACUCCAGGCAAGAAGUUGUUGUUCUUAUCUUUAUUGUUGCCCGAAGAGCCUUUAGAGUACUAAUGAAAUACCUACUAUUAUUAUGAAUUGUUAAUUUAAGCUAAUAAAUUAUUGAAUUAAAACAACAAAUUAACAAAAUAUCCAUUCAAUAAAAACACCCGAUUCAGGCAAUAUAUAUUAUUAUUUCAAGUACUGAAAAAAUUUACUCUACACUAUACAUUUUUUUAAGGUAUUAUAUAACAGAAAUAUUUGAUAUUUGCCUAACAGUAUGUACUACGUAUACCUGCUUUUUCUCUAAUACAUAUGCAUUUGUAUGAAUACUUGAUUCGGUGCAAUAUACCGAUAAAGCAUACUGAAAUAAAACGUCCUUAAUCCAAUUGUUUAGUUGCGCACAUGUGAUUAUUUCCAGACACAAUAUGUUCUCAUCCACAAUUUAACCAAACAUCAUCAAUUUCAUCACUUGUCAAAGGGUUCACCAUAAAUGGAAUAUUUUGUACCUUUAGAUGGGUUCAUCAGAGCCUAAUAUAUAUAUGUAUGUAUAUAUAUAUAUAUAUGUAAAUACAAUAAACAUGCAUACGAGCAAAUGUGUGUGUGUAGAAACUCAUACGCUUCAUACUCAUCGUCAGCACACACGUACUUUGGUACAUACAUAUGAUAGCCGCUAUCACAACAGUUUCGCAUACAUUUAUGGACAUAUACCCAAUACUUGGUAGCUUGUUGGGCGUUGAUACGAAUGUUACUGCGUCUGGCGCUGCGUUCCCGGGCACAUCAGCUGCUGGUGGUCGUAUCGCCUCCACUUCGGGCAGGAACGAACCGCCGAAUGAUUUGUAUUCGUAUCUGAAUAAUAAUAGCAGCGGAGCAGCAGCUUUGCUUCAGCGCGAAAGCUUCAUGCAGUGCAGGCACUGCAACCGUUAUUAUAAAUCUCAUCAAAAACUGCAAGAGCACGUACGCAAAUAUUGUCUCAAAGAGAAAAAGUACAAGUGCAUAUCAUGCGAGUACCGAUCGCGUCGGAAGGAUCAUGUUCUGCGUCAUGCCAAACGCAAGCACUGCGAGCUGUACGAGGCAUCACGCGACAACGAAGAAAGCCUUUAUGAGAUACGCAAUGAGGACGAAGGGGACGAACAGUCUAGAUAUGACGAUCAUAUGGUCGACUAUGAUGGUAUAUAUAGUGGUGAUGCUGACGGUGAUGUCGAGGGUGAUGAUGUUAAUGCCAACCCCGUUAAUACAUUGGUUGAUGUUGGGCACUUUAAUUUCGGCCUAAGGAGUAGGGAUCUAACAAUUACAGCUGUACCUAUUCUACAUGACAGUGAAGAUGAUGACGAUGAUAACUACGAUGACGAUGACGAAUAAAAUCGUCAGAAUAUAGGGGCAAUAUACUUAAAUAUUAUGAAAGUGGAAUUCAAGAGUUUUAAAUGUGAAUACUACGAUAUGAAAAUGGAGGCAUAACUGAACCACAAGAAACUUUUGUACGUGUAUAUGUAUGUAUGUAUAUACCUACAUACGUAAGUAAAUGGAAAACUCACGCGCAUUCCAAUUAAGAGAAUACAUACAUACGCACAAUUUCAAAAUAUAUGUUCAAAAGUAUGUACAGAAAUAAUUUAUAUAAAGGGUAUUUCAAAAGUGUCUGUAAAUGGUACUUAUUUUUAUGUCAUCUUUGACAUUUGUCAAGUAAACUGAGGUACAAUUUUACACGAUAGAACAACGCGUCAAAAUUAUUGAUACGUACUAUGAAAAUGAUCUAUCUUUAAGAACGACAUCUCGCAAAAUUCGUGAUUUUUUUGGUGGAAAUAAUAGUCCGAAUGAGUGGACAAUUCAAUGAUUGGCGACAAAAUUUCAAGAAACUGGUUCGGUUGAGAAUGAAAAACUGACUGGUAGACCAAAAACUGGACGUUCUGUGGAGAAUGUUGCAGCCGUAGCGCAAAGUGUUGCUGAACAACCUUCAACAUCGAUAUCUCGAUACUCUAAACAAUUAGGCAUUUAUAAAUCGACCGUUUGGCAGAUUUUACCGGUACAAGUGCUUAUGAUGGGCAUUUAAAUGAUGCCAUUUUUUACAUAUAAUUGUUGAAAGCCGUAUUUAGAAUACAAGUAGGGAAACCUGAAAGAAUCAAAAAAUGUGCAUGUUUUAUUUUAAAACAACAUCUAGGCGCGUCUUUUGAAAUACCCUUUAUUUUUGGGAAAUAGAAUUAGAAAUGUACAAUCUACGCUUGCGAAUUUCAAGGCUUAAAUUGUAAGAAUAUUUAUAUGUUUAGAAAAGGUUAUGGAUAAUAUUUUUUCUUGAGUAACUUAGCGAAUGAGAUGUAUUACCGUUUCCCAAUUUCGAUUUGGUUUUUAGGAGUCAGGGAUAUGUUUUAUUUUCCACGUAAUAUAUGUUUCAAAUCUAGGAAACACACACACGUUUAUACAUAGGUACAUGCAUAGGUUAGCGCUGUAGAUUAACUUUGGUUGGUGGAACAUAUUUUACCAACUCAUAUAUUACCUCAGGAAUUCUAGAACUAUAACUUGCUUUGUUAGCUGAUAUCAAUCACGUAAAUAUCAAGUUCUGAAAUUUACCAGAUUUAUCAAGUCUAAGCGUAUUUUACAGGCGACCAAAAACGCACAAUUCAACGCAUUAAUACGAACAUCUGCCCACUUAAUGCAUCAGAAUCGUAUCUCAACAAAUCUUGCCAUUUUUUGCUAAAUAUUUGUUUAAUAUAUACUUAUACAAUACAUAUAUGUACAUAUAAGUACAUAACAAAAUAUUAUAUAAAAUUUUGUGAUAAAACGAUUGUACUAAAGUGCACUUAAGGGACGGGGGGUUCUUAAAAUGUAGCGUGAUUCAACAACAGAACCAUCUUUUUUACACGAGUUCCUUCACGUUCCAAAUUGUGGUACCCGCUUUAGAUAUACCAUAUACAUACUUACAUAUAUAUAUAUUUGUUUAUGUAUGUAUAUAUUUUUAUUAAAAUAUAUUGAAAACAAAUUUUAGUGACUCGCUCGCUUUUAUGCUCGGUAAAUUAAUGAAAAGUGAGUUAAAAUCAAAAAUAAAAAAAAGAAGCUUCAAAUGUGCGCCCCUCAAACUGGCUGUCACACUUCUCAUUAUUAUACUAUACUGUUAAAGACGAAUUUAUAGGUAAAUUAUAUUAACUCCCGCCUUAUUUAUAAAACAACCACGUCGAUUUUCAACAAAGAUUAUUUUUUUCUUACUACAGAAUAUUGGAGCUUUAAAAAAUAUCGAACAGUUCUCUCUUUGAAAAGUCACUAAAGCAUUUAUGUAAACAUGUAUGUAUGAAUGUAUGUAUUAGUAUAUAUUUUUUUAAGCAGGUAUGGGAAAGUUAAUAAAAAAAAUAUUUACAUAUAUAUGUAUUUAUCAUUAAGCUUUUUAUUCCAAUGCAACCAGACCCAUUCAUUUGUACGGAUAUUUUUAAAACUUAUAUGUAAUUGGAAACUGUUGAAAUAAAGUUGGCAAAUAAUAAAACAAACCCAAAAUGUCUUGAAAUU